AUGGCUCACAUGGAGUCAGUGUUUGUUGUGCAAUAUGAAAACUGGAGACCGAACCAGCCAGACAGUUUCUUUUCCUCAGGGGAGGAUUGUGUGGUAAUGAUCUGGCAUGAGGACGGCCAGUGGAAUGAUGUUCCCUGCAACUACCACCUCACCUUCACCUGCAAGAAAGGCACAGUGUCCUGCAGUCAGCCUCCUCUUGUCCUUAACGCCCGCACAUUUGGCCAGCUGCGCCCACACUAUGAGAUCAACUCCCUGAUCAGGUACCAGUGCACGGACGGCUUCAUCCAGAGACAUGUUCCCACCAUUCGCUGCAGAGGAGACGGCUCAUGGGACUUGCCCAGGAUUUCCUGCAUGAGUCCCUCCAACUUCCAAAGGUCCUAUGCAAGGUAUCAGACAUACAGAGUUUUUCGCAGUCAUCAGAAGAGAUUGGCAGAAAAUUCUGUUGAUGUACCCCGACGACACCAUCGCCAUGGUGUAAAACACAAUCGGACGCAACAAUAGUUGCUCUUUUAACACAACCCGUUUAAUGUAUUUUGAUAGCAUAUGACGGAUCUGCCUGCUGGCUGAAAGAAAAGUUUAUAAAAGAAAAGAUUAUUAAAAGGACCAGAAAGGAGUGGAAUAUCACUGGAAUGAAACAGUGGCUUUUUAUCUUUUUCAGAGAGAUGGUUUUUAAGAACUACAUAAAGGACACAUUCAGCUGGCCUCUGAAAACACAAAAAGAUUAUCUGACCUGCCCUCCAUCUGUUCUGCUUCUUUUUGGGAAUACACAGUGCUUUCGUAAUUUUUAACUCACAAUCCAGAUGCAAGUGAGCUAUAAUAGUGCAACCUAUUUUAGCUUCUAAACAUAAUGGUACAUUUUGAUACACACUUUGCCGUAUGAUUCUUUCGAUCUUUCUUCAAGUUUACAAGAACCACAGGUGUAUGCAGACAUCCUGCUGCUUACUGAACAAAUGAGAAAUCGUACAUAAGAAUGUGAAAGAAUAUAUAUUUAUAUAGAGAGAGUGAGCAAUGGCUCACAUGGAGUCAGUGUUUGUUGUGGUACAAAAAGGCCAAUAAUAUCAUUAAAAAACUGCAUCCAGUGCAGUGGAUGGUUUUGAUAUCUUAAAGUCAACACAAUAUGUUUUAAUACUUUUAAUACAUUGACUUUAAGCUAUUCGCUAUUGAAAAGCCAUGUAGAUUUUAGAUUAUUUAUAGUCCUCUCUUUGAUGUUUCUUUCAAGUGUUUACAAUGCAAAUCUGUUUCACAUACAUUUAAUUCCGCCGUCAGUUAUCUAUAAACCAAAAGAAACGUACUGUAUGUACUUCACAUCAUUUUCAUCAACUUUCCUGUUUUUCUCAGACAGUUUAAAACUACUUUAAAGAGAAUGUACUUUGUGAGAUGCGUAAAAGACUUGAGCGAGUGCCUUUUUAACAAGAUGCCUAUAAUUUAUUUCUUGAGCUGCUCCUUGUUUUCUCAUUGUUGUAGCGAGAUUGAACACACUGAGGACAUCACUUGGCCAAACUGCACAUUGAUAGAGUUCAGUAUAUCAGAGUAGAGGACAGUGUGUCAAUAGCUGGCAGUGAUGUGACUAAUAGAUGACUUUUGGAACUCACAGAAUUUAGAUGGAUUUCAUUAUGACAUUUGGGGUGUAUCAAUGGACCAAAAGAAGAGGAUUCAUAGUAACAGGUUUAGCAGAAAUUUUUGUUGAACUGGUCAUCCAUUUGUUUAUUCCCAAGCAUUUUUUCUUUAAGAUCUUUUCUUUUGUGUU